AUGACUGCCACUAUGACUACAACGACUUCCGCCCCUUCGUCACAGCAGGCUGUUUCGUCCCCUAGCCUCGCGGUUCUACCUCCCCUCGUCACUGACAAUCCAGUCAGACUGUCGGGUCGCCAACGAUCAUCUUCGUACGCAAAGGACCGGCUCUCCACAUUCUCAAACCUUUCCGUAGCUUCUCAGAACCGCUCACGGCCUGGAUCACAUGUUUUCCCCAUCUUCCACUCCAGCUUACCCUACGCUCUGGUUCGGGAUUUCGCAUAUCCACCUAUCCAUCCCUUCCAUUACGGCCCGCUCCCGCUUUCCGCGUCUGGGCUUUCGAGCCCUGUGAGCGAACAUCGGCGAUUGUCCGACCCCCCAGCGUCAUGGGACAGUUCACGUGGCCAAUGGUCAACGGCGCCCUGGGGCAGUGAUCACGGGCAGGGGCAGGGGCACCAACCACUGCCGGCAAUGUCGUUUGGUGAUGGACCGCCAUACAGCGAGGACGAAGACUUGCACAGCCCUGUGUUUUCUGCGCCGCGCCAUCGCAAGAACAAGUCUACGGGAACCGAUUUGAAUGGAGGGGCCAGGUUUUCUGGCGCCAAUAGCUACACGAGCAACAUGAGCCACCUCCCGGAUAAUGAGCGUGGGACAUUGGUUAGCAUGAAUGCGGAUGGGAGCGAGACAUAUUAUGUGAACGACGAGGAUGCCGCGGAGGAUGGACCAGGAGGCGAUCUUGUCACGUAUCCAGCGGAUCAGCGCCGAUACACUUAUAUUGGCACAUAUCAUGACCAUCAAGGCUACGCGCACGAUGCGGGUUUCGAGUCCGAAGAAGACUACAGCGGAGCUCAUCGGUACUCGCGCGAGUUCCAGUUUUCCGUCGGAUGCCCCGACGAGGAGAUGCACGGCAAAGCGGUUGCACUCUUUGAUUUCACCCGGGAGCAUGAGAAUGAGCUUCCAUUGAUUGAGGGUCAGGUCAUUUUUGUGUCGUAUCGGCACGGCCAAGGAUGGCUGGUCGCGGAGGAUCCCCGCACCGGCGAGAGCGGAUUGGUCCCCGAGGAAUUUGUCCGUCUAGUCCGUGAUAUUGAAGGCGGUCUGACUUCGCUGAAUGCCGAAGCCGGGUACGAAGAGGAUGAUUGUGUUAGCCCGGACUCGGUCGACUCUCAGCAAGAGAUCACCCCUACCUCUCACUCGGCAGCCAACGGGGGGCUUCCGGCCGACAUUCCCAUGACAGACCCUGCGGACAGCAACGGAAAAGAAAACACAAGGGCUUUGCAAGAUGCGGAGCAAGUGCCCAGCAAGAAACAAUGA